AUGACGCCUCACUCUGACGAUGCCGACUACGAUGUCGGCGAAGCGUUUGAAAAUGUACCAAGUCAAUUGUUCAAUGCUAGAAAUCACGACUACUAUGGCAGAGGAUACGGGACAAUGUACGUUCCACAAGGUCUCCCUGACACUCCGAUCAAGUUGCAAAAACAAGGUCGAACCAGCACUGUCAAGCUCAAGGAGACUGCGACCAUCGUCUUGGUCUUCAUAUAUACGAUUCACAUAGCCUUGCCUUCCAAAAAGCUAUUUUCAUCCAGGGUAGAUGGCAUUUUCGACCUCAGUUUGUUCUCAUCAGUUCUGCAGUAG